UCUAUUUAUAUCUUCGCCCAGCCUUUUUCUGCGACCCAAAUGCGUGCGCGACUCGAGUCCCUUCGUCGCUUCUCAUCCCUCCCUCUUCCCGCUUCGGCUCCUCUCCCGCAUCUCCUCUCCCUGCUGAGCCGAUGCUCCACCUUCGGCCACAUCGCUCAAACCCACGCCUUCAUGAUCGCCCGAGGCCUCCCUGGCGACAACCUCCUCCUCGCCAAGUUCCUCCACGCCUGCUCCUCCCUUGGCUUCCGGGGCCACGCCCUCCUCGCCUUCGACCGCGCUGAACGCCCCGACGUCUACCUUUUAAACACCAUGAUCCGAUGCCUCUGCCAAACGGACUCCGCCGAGCACGCCGUGUCUCUUUUUAACAGGAUUCAAGGCUCCGGCUUGAGGCCGGACACGUACUCCUUCCCCUUCGUGCUGAAGGCCGUCGCCCAUCUGGGAAUGCUUGAAUUGGGCCGAGAAGUCCAUGGCCAGAUCACUCGUUUCGGACUUGAUGCCGACAUCCACGUCUCGACCGCUCUUGUCGUCAUGUACUCCAAUUGUGGCGAAGUGAACGACGCACGCAAGCUGUUCGACGGAUUUCAGCUUAGAGACGUGGUGAUGUGGAAUGCAAUGACGGCGGGUUACGUCAAGGUCGGGGAUGUUGAUAGCGCACGUGACAUUUUUGAACAAAUGCCUAAGAGAAAUGUGGUCUCGUGGACGACAAUGAUAGCCGGCUUUGCUGAUGCAACCAGUUCGGAUGAGGCGAUCACCAUGUUCCGGAGGAUGCAGCUGGAAGGUGGUAUCGAGCCAGACGAGGUGGCCUUGUUAGCCGUGCUCUCAGCUUGUGCCAAUUUAGGCGCUCUGGAUUUGGGGGAAUGGAUACAUAGCUUUAUAGGCAAGCGUGGGUUGUACAAAACCAUCCCUUUGAUGAAUUCACUGAUCGACAUGUAUGCUAAGUCUGGAUACAUUCACAAAUCCUUAGAGGUGUUUGAGGAUAUGAAGCAGAGGAGUGUGGUCACUUGGACCACAAUGAUAGCAGGGUUUGCUUCCCAUGGGCUUGGUUUUGAAGCUCUCGAGCUGUUCCAUAGGAUGGAAAGAGAGCAUGUUCAGCCAAAUGACGUUACCUUCCUGGCUGUCCUAUCUGCUUGUAGCCAUAUCGGACUAACAGAUUUAGGGAGGUGGUAUUUCGACCGCAUGUAUUCGAAGUACAUGAUUAAACCAAGAAUUCAACACUACGGUUGUAUGGUUGACCUUCUUGGCCGUGCAGGUUGUUUGAGAGAGGCUAGAGAUCUGGUUAGACGUAUGCCUUUUGAACCAAAUGGAGCAAUAUGGGGAGCUCUUCUAGCUGCUGCUAGAAGCCAUGGUGAUGCUGAGCUUGGAGAACUUGCUUUAAGGCAUCUUGUUGAAAUUGAGCCACACAACAGCGGGAACUAUAUCCUUUUGUCUAAUAUUUAUGCAGCACAUGAGAUGUGGGAUGAUGUUGCUAAGCUGAGGAAGAUGAUGAAGGAGAGGGGAGUGAUGAAUGUGCCAGGUGCCAGUUCUAUCGAAGUGGAUGGAGCAGUCCACGAGUUUACAUCAAGAGAUGGAUCACAUCCCUACUUCAACAGGAUUUAUGAACUUCUGCAUGAGAUGUCUGGGCACUUAAAAAUGAUUGGUUAUGUCCCAAAACAUCAUUCAGGUAUUCUUGACUUUGAAGAAGGGUAGAUUCUUUCUGCUUCGUGAGUGAACUCUCUCAAUGAUAAUGACUUGAGUAAACCUUAUGAUCAAGAUCUUCUAAAAUUUCUGUUUAUGUAAGUGGAGCAUCAGAGGAAGCUGUUCUUGUUGGAACCAGUGGUGAUGCUGUGCUUCCUCAUGACAGUGAUGUUCAAUGUUUUCAUCAGAGGAAGCCAACAUGCAGAAAAGAUAUCAUGUCCACAUGAAAAAUUGGUUGAUGUUGGGAACUACAGGAAGUGGAUGUGAAAGUCUUUUGCAAGAAUGAAAGAUAGUCAGAGAGCUAAUUUCUGAUGAGAAAAUCUUGAAGCUCAAGGUUGACGGCAGAAGAGAAUGUUAUCUUGCUGCAGAGCAUGUGAAAGAAUUCAUGUCUUGUAUCUGUCAAAGAAAAAUAUAUCGAUGAAUCAACACCAGUUUUUUAAUAUAUGAAUGAGGUAUAACUUUGGAACCGUUGGCUUCUCUGUGACAGUUCUUACGACAGCCCCAGAUGUGUUUGGUCUUUGAAUGGUGGCAUGGAAUUAUUUGUUAGUUGGCAGGGAGGAUCAGAAGCAAUGGGAUAUCAUAUUGUAUGCACGGCCAUGGUAGGCAUCGAAGGUGAGGGACUCCACUGUGAUACAACUAAUUGAGUCGAUGUUUUCGAGAAUUGCACGUUUCCUCUUCGGCUCUUCCCCGCCAUCGUAAGGAAGAACGCUUGUCAUUGAACCGCGGCCCAGUGCGGCGGAGAGAUGAUGCCGCAGCCCCAGCAGCCGGUCUCCGUGGAUGGCUCCUCCGAAGCAGAUGGCGCUGACCAUGGAGCGGCUGGUCCGCGCCGCCCGCAUCAAUUGGCCGACGGACCCGACCAGUCGAAACUUCCAGCUCGUCUUCAAGGCUUCAGCACUUCCAGGAUAUCUGGGCACUCAUAUUGGAUCUGCAACCAACAGACUUUUUUUCAAAAGGUUGCAGGUAAUAUGAUGGUUAUUUGAGCCUAAUAGUUUUAGAUUUAAAUUGGGAUUUCCUUUGUGCAGUAAGUGCAUUCAUCUUCUGAUGAUUGAUAUUUUUAGAUUUGGCUCUGCCUCCUGCUCUAUGUGCCUAAUGGGAAACCUUUAGUUCUAUCCAGAUUCCAGACUGAAUCAACUCCAUCAGCUAAGGUCGUCCAUGCAGAUCAUAUUGCUGCUUGUCAUAUUGGAUGCUCUGCUGAUGAUUACUGAUAAAAUUGGCACCAUUAAAUCACUAUUUUUUUCUUCUAUUACAAGCUGAACAUCUUUUCAUUUUAUCCCAGCAUAACAGUGAAAGAUGUUCUAACCUAUCAAUAGCUGGUAAGAAAUGCGAGUAUUUUCUUUUUUGAUCUUGUGAUUGAUUUUUUUAUUCCCUAUUUAUUCUGCUUGCUUCAUUUUCUGUAAUAGUAUUAUCAAUUUACUGCAGCUCCAAAUUUUGGUUUUCUGAUCUUUUCUUACAGCUAAUGAGGCAAACUUUUAGAAAAUUGGAUGCACCAGUUAUUCUUUUAGCUCUCUUACCCUUUAUGUAUGAUCUAUUGGUUUUCAUCUGCCAUGUCUCUCUUAGCCCCCACUAUAUCGAUCUACUAGCUUCGAUUGGCUAUGUCAAUGAAUAGCAUGUUGUGCCAAAGUUAGUAACUUUGUCACUAGAGAAAACCUGUGACUUGCUCUUAUGCUGUUGUGAUCAAAGCUUUGACUGUACUUCACAGUGGCUAUAGAAGUUUUUGCAUCCAAGGUUCUGCUAGAGAUUUUGCAGCUGUGCAACUGUUAUUAUUUACUGUUCAGGCUUGUGGUUCAUUAUUGAACUCGAAUCAUCUAACUGUUGUGUAGGCAUGUCAUUGAAGCAACAAAAUAGUGGAUGCUUGAUCUUAUUACAAGGUUUUCAUGCUUCCUUAUGAUGGUUGCUAUUAUUUUGUUAUCAUCUAACUGUUGUGUAGGCAUAUCAUUGAAGGAACAAAAUAGUGGAUGCUUGGUCUUAUUACAAGGUUUUCAUUCCUUAUGAUGGUUGCUAUUAUUUUGUUAUGGAAAUAAUCAUUUUUUUCA